CUUUGAGUACCCCCAGCCCUCUUUGGGCACCUCAUCCUCCUUAAGGGCCCCCGGCCAGCGCUGGCACCGUGCCCCAAACCUGAUGGGCGUCCCCAGCUGCUGCUGCAAUGGAGGAGACGGUGCCCUCGGUGGAAGCCUACGAAGCAGCCAUGGUGCUGAGCGGGGUGGGGGAUGCUCUUGGGUACCGGGCGGGCCUCUGGGAGUACUGCACCUCGGGACCCCAGAUCCACGCCGAGCUGGCUGAGCUGGGGGGGCUGGAGGCCAUCACCCUCAAGCCCCCCGAGUGGCCCGUCAGUGAUGACACCAUCCUCCACCUCGCGACUGCUGAAGGCCUGGCCACAGGCCUGGAGGGGGAACCCCUCCUGCAGGAGCUGGCUCGCUGCUACGUGGCUGCCAUGGGUGACAUGGAGGGUCGCAAGCCAGGACCCACCAGCAUCCUGGGCACUUCGCAGCUGCGACCUGGGGAGCCUGAGGGCUAUCGCAUCCCCUUCAACCCCACCGGCACUGGCUGUGGGGCUGCCAUGCGCAGCCUGGCCAUCGGCCUCAGGUACCCGCAUGCCUGGGAGCUGCCAACGCUGAUCCGGGUGAGCAUCGAGAGUGGGCGCAUGACUCACCACCACCCCACUGGGUACCUCGGGGCUCUGGCAGUGGCCCUCUUUGGGGCACUGGGGGCUCGGGGAGAGCCCCCAGAGCGCUGGGGGGCUGAGCUGCUGCGAGUCCUGCCCCUUGCAUGGGACUACGUGGAGGGAGCUGGCAUGGCUGUGGAAGACAAUGCUGCUGCCUGGUCCUUCUUUGGGGAUGCCUGGCACCGGUACCUAGAAUCCCGGGGGCUUCUGGAGGGUCAUGGCCCACCACAGGUGCCAUCUCUUCCAUCACCAGCUGAGCGGGAUGUGGCCUACAUGGGCUGGGCACUGGAGGGGUGGCCAGGGCGCAGUGGCCAUGACGCACCCAUGGUGGCUCUGGAGGCCCUGCUGGCAGCCGGUGGAUCCUGGGGAGACCUGUGUGCCAGGGGCGUGCUGCAUGGUGGGGACAAUGAUUCAACGGGAACUAUCGCUGCUGGGUGCUGGGGUUUGCGGUGGGGGCUGGCGUCCGUCCCCCCUGGGCUGCACAGCUGUCUUGAGCACCGCAAGCGGCUGCACAAUGCUGCCCACCGCCUUCAUGCACUGGCCUGGGGGAGACACUGAGCCCCUACCCUGUCACCUGCUGUCCCCCUGCUGGUAAACACUCUGUGGGUCCCUUUCAGAGACCUUCAUGGGGUCCUGGGAGGGCCUGGGUCUCUGGGGGUCAGCAGGGAGCUUCUUGGAGUGCUGGAGGGCUCAGGAGGGUCUGUGGGGCUCAGCUGUGACCUUCACAGGGUCCUUGGGCAGCUCAGGAGAGUCCCUGGGAGGGCUGCAGGGAACUUCACAGGUGCUCAGGAGGCCCCUGAGAGACCCUGGGAAGAAGCAGGGCCCUUCAAGGGGUGCUGGGGAGCUCAGGCAAGCCCCAGGGAGAGCACUGUAGUCACAUCCAGGUGACCUGUUAUCCCUCCACAGUUAGAGACCCCAGAAUUUCCCAAGGAGCCUCAGUCUCCCUCACAGUAAAAAAAGUGUCCUGAAUCA